AUGUCCAGCGAUGCAGCCAGUGACCGCUUUUCUUUUUCCUUGACCACAUUUUCACCCACCGGAAAGCUUGUACAAAUCGAGUAUGCCCUAAAAGCGGUGCUCAAUGGGCAUACAAGUGUUGGCAUAAAAACGAAGGAGGGCAUUGUCCUCGCUGCUGAAAAGCGACUUGCUUCACCACUUAUUGACACGAUGGAGAGCCGGGUUACCCUUGUAGCGCCGGGCUUAGGCUUGGUCUACUCUGGAAUAAGCCCUGAUGCCAAACUACUUAUUGCAAAGGCACGAAAAAUUGCUCAAAAGCAUUGGAUGGCUUUUAGAGAAUAUCCAACUGCCUUAAUUUUGGUCAAGGAACUUGCCUCUGUCGUUCAAGAGUACACACAAUCAGGCGGUGUUCGCCCAUUUGGUGUUUCGUUUUUGGUGGCCGGGUUUGACGAUUCUGCUGCCACCGGUGAUGGAAAUCAGAGGAAAACGAUCACACCUCAUUCGCUUUACCAAAUCGACCCUAGUGGGACAUUCUGGCAAUGGCGUGCAACGGCCAUUGGGAAAAAUACUGCAAAUGCGAAGGCCUUUCUUGAGCGCCGAUAUCAAGAAGACUCCACCCUUGAAGACGCAAUUCAUACCGCUAUUCUCGCAAUUAAGGAGGGAUAUGAAGCCAGUGGGGCUUCUGGCUCCUCCUUUUCUGCUGACUGUAUAGAAAUUGGGAUCUUAAGAAUGGUCCCUUUCCAUGUUUCCGUAAAUACACACAUUCCAGAAUGGCAAACCCGAUCCAUGGCGCCUGAGUUUGUGUUGCUUUCUCAAACUGAAGUGACAGAAUAUUUGGAGUCAAUUUGA